AUGGCCGAGAACCAGCCCGCGGUUAUCUGUGUCUUACCCUGGUCUCCUCUCUCCGGCCCCAAAGCUGUCCACGGCGUGAUCCCCAGAGCCCUAGUCAAAGUAUCAGGCAAGAGCACUGAGAACGGCACCCCCACCCCCGACGAGAAGGGCGGCAAGGCUGCGGAGCGAGUACUGCCGCAGGCGGAGGAGGGCGAAGAAAUCCCCGAGUCAGAAUACGGCGUUACGACGAUCGUGCACGAUAUGCACACGCGUAAGCGGCUGAUGGCUACAAUGGUGUUGGAGGGUGGACCCGGGUCUGGCUUUGUUUCGUUGGCUGGUGGCUUUGGUACGAUUGAGGAGGUUAUGGAGAUGACUACGUGGAAUCAGUUGGGGAUUCACCGCGUCGGCGUGGUGUUGUUGAAUAUCAAUGGGUACUGGGAUGGUUUGCUUGCUUGGGUGCGCAAUGCCGUUGAGCAGGGGUUCAUUUCUAGGGAGAAUGGGUCGAUUCUGGCCGAGGCGCAUAAUGUCGAGGAGGUUGUGCCUAAGUUGGUGGAGUAUCAGUGCAGUUGUGAUCGGUAUCAGUUGAACUGGGGUGAGGAGUAA